AUGCCGUCUCAGUACUCUAAGCAAAUGUCGACCUCGGGUAUGCAGGAGAUCGACCCUCCGACCAGCAAGGAGCUGGACGAUGCCAAUUUGGCACGGAUGGGCAAGCGCCCCGUUCUGAAGCGAAACUUUGGAUUGAUGUCCAUGCUUGGUUUCAGUUGUACAAUUCUGAUUACGUGGGAAGGAAUUGUCGUCCUUUUCUUGCAAGCAUACCAGAAUGGUGGCCCGGCUGGUGCAGUAUAUGGAUUCCUGUUCGUGUGGGCAGGUGUCGCAGCGACAUUUGUGAUCCUUUCUGAGCUAGUAUCAAUGGCACCGACAUCUGGAGGCCAGUACCACUGGUGUUCAAUGUUAGCACCUCCAUCUUGGAUGAAAUUACUGAGUUACUUGACAGGCUGGCUCACAGUCAUCGGAUGGCAAGCAACAUUCGCAACCUCGUGCUAUCUGGUCGGUACCCUGAUUCAAGGCUUGAUCGCAUUGACAAACAAUGACUACAACCCAAAGAAUUGGCAUGGAACUCUACUAUACUGGGCUGUAGUUGCCUUCUCUGUCGGCAUCAACAGCGUCGGAGGCAAAGUUCUUCCCCGUUUUGAGGGCAUGAUUCUGGUCCUUCAUAUUCUGGGAUUCUUCGCGAUUCUCAUCCCCUUGACCUACAUGGCCGACCAUGGUAACGCCAAGGAAGUAUUCACUGAUUUCCUCAACUUGGGAGGAUUCCCAACUCAGGGACUUUCCUUCUUUGUUGGCACGGUCGGUUGCAUCUUCGCAUUUGCAGGGGGUGAUGCGGCAGUUCAUAUGUCCGAGGAAAUCACCAAUGCCUCGGUCGCCGUCCCGCGCUCGAUCAUGCUUAGUGUCCUGAUAAACGGAUCAAUGGGAUUCGGUAUGCUGAUUGCCAUGCUCUUCUGCAUGGGUGAUGUUGAGGAAGCUCUCAAGUCAACCACGGGAUACCCCUUCAUGGCUAUCUUCAAGCAGGCAACGGGCUCCACAGCUGGUACUACCGUCAUGGCUUCUAUCGUGACCACCAUGGGUGCUACCACUUCGGUUGGCAUGCUAGCAUCUACAUCCCGCCAAUUCUGGUCAUUUGCCCGUGACCGAGGUAUUCCUGGUUGGAGAGUCUGGAGUCAGGUCACCGAGAAAUCAGCUGUGCCAUUGUACUCAGUGAUUCUCACAUCCGUGGUCGCUUGCCUGCUGGCUCUUAUCAACAUCGGUUCUCCGGUCGCGUUCAAUGAUCUAUGCUCUAUGUCCAUAUCUGGUCUUUACCUAUCCUACAUGGUUGUCGGCAGUCUUCUUCUCUGGCGCCGUUGCACUGGCGGUAUCAGCUCCAACCGCAGCAGUGACUCGGCUGUCGUCAACACCGCGGGCGCAAAGCUCGUGUGGGGUCCGUUCCAUAUCCCCGGUAUCUGGGGCAUUCUGAUCAAUGUCUGGGCUUUGAUUUACAUGACCAUCGCUGUCUUCUUUACCUUCUGGCCAACAAGCUGGGUGGUGGAUGUUCAGACCAUGAACUUCAGUGUGGUUGGAACUGUAGGAACUAUUAUCCUCAGUCUUGUGUACUACUUUGUCCGUGCGAGAAAAGUCUAUGACGGACCCGUCAUGGAGAAUGGUUUGUAA